UCAAAAUGAAUUCAUGAAAAUAAAAUUUUCCAUCUCUGCAGCCCGCAUGAUAAAAAUUGCAAUUAAGCAAAAUUCUGAAUAUAUAUCGUGUUGAGUAAACGAUAAGUGUUCGCUUAAUAGUCCAAAGUUAAUCAAUGUAGGUUGUUGUGGAAGUAAACUGAUAGAAUAGUGCCACUACGGCUUCUGCCUGUAGAAUGAUUAUACUUUCCAAGAGAGAAGAUCCGUUUCUCGAGAUCUGGUUACUAGUCCACACCACAAUCGUAAGGGCCGAUUAAAAGUUUCAAGGGCGACUUAAUUGGCCAACUGAAGGAACAAAUGGUAUGAAAUUCGUAUAAAAGCGUGAAUCCAAAAUGGGUUGCAUCAAUUCGAAGAAAGACAUAAACGACGUGCAUCCGAAUAAAUUCUACGUGAUCAACAUAGAUGAAGAUGGAACUCCAUUAUGGAGCGGCCAAUUAGAAGUAUCACGCACUGAUUUAACAUUGUACAGAAAAGGAAAAGAACCUACGACGUGGCCACUCAGAUGUAUAAGAACAUACGGAUACAAUAUAGACCAGUUUAGCUUCGAGGCCGGGCGAAGAUGCACAACAGGAGAAGGUAUUUACGCAUUUAAGUGUAGACGGGCUGAAACGUUGUUUUACACGGUGCAAUCAUAUAUACAAGGACGAAUUUACAACGAUGAGAGCACAAAUCCAAACGAUCCAUAUCCAAUUCCGGUGGCUUCUUCUGGGCCUUCAGUAGCUGCAAGAAGUGUAUCACAAAACAACACUGCCACAAGAAGUGGGCAGCAGCAGAAUGUCACCGGAACUGGCAGUUACAUCAUAAAUCGUACUGGAAUAGCAACUAGUCAAUCGUUGAGUCCCAAUGGCACUAUUCAUUCGAAUUCCAAUCAAAGUCGAAGCACGGAUACACUUCCAAUUGAAGCCAGCUAUCUAGAACCAACUUCUGGUCGACCAGGAGGACAACCUCAAACCAUUACUACUCGAUUUCAACAGGGACUGCGGUUGAGUUCAGUAAGCAGUGGGCCUAUUAGUCCAGAUGUAACUUCACCAGGAUCACCUAAUAGUGUAACAAAUAUUUUGGAAGUGACAACGUUAAAUCCACUACCUACAAACAUUACAUCGAACAGUACACACCACGGGGUCAGUAAUCUGUACCAAGAAUUUCCCAUGAAAGAUAGUAUGGUGACUGGUAUUGGACAUUCCGUAAACCGCAUGUCUUUAGAUAUAACACCCCUGGAAUCGGCUCCAUCUGCUGAAAAUGAAUUGGUUUCCACUGUUUUAAAGCAGCAGGAACUCCCUACAAUGCAGCCAGGUUUGCCACAAAUAACACCAGAAAGUGACCCUACACGAAUGUACAUGAAUGUUAAUAUUGCUUGCAUGACGGAGAGUGUUGCAAAGACGAAAAGUGUAAAGUCAUCUAGUAAAAGUAAUUCUAGUCUAAUUUCAAUCAACAAUAAUACCGGAUCGUUUGAUGAAAAUCAGUAUCAAAAUGUAAGAACACCAACUUCGAUAGGUGGAGCAAGCAUGUUUACACAUAUUCGUAUGAUUUCAAGUCAUUCAAUCGAUCCAACUCGUUUCUAUGAAAACUUGGAACCUGGCGAGAUCAAAUCUGUUCUGCUUCGCGGUCGUUACUCAAAACCGGAUAUAUUUGCAAAUGUUGAACUCCCGUUGGAUAGUUCAGAACCAUGUACACCUACCACAGCCAAUCGGAAAGUGCACUACAUAGUGCUGGAUUUGGAUCAGGCAAAUUCGUCGCACAAUAUCAACCUUCCGGCUCCGGUUACUUCACCGACAGCAGGCUCAGCCCCAACAACGACUAACAACAAUAACAAUAAUCCAGCUGCCGUGAAUUUAAACAAUCCGAACGACACUACUACCACCGGCACGCCACAUUCACAAAGUCCAGUGUCCAGUGGAUUACUUCCACCGGAAAGUCCGAAAAAAGCAGGGUAUGCAACGAUCGACUUCGAUAAAACCUUCGCCCUCAGCAAUUCAACCACACCUUCGUCGGAACUAGACAGCGAAGGCUCACGCAAAACACGCCACAAUUCCACCGUAACGCCGCUGACUCGGCAGAGCAACUCGGUUAGCGACUAGAGCCGGGUGCGGAGCCGUUCUGCUUCGAUGGAACUGGGUAAGAUGUCUAGUAUAGUUUUACGCAACAUUAUGUAUAAUAGACAAACAUAAUGAGUAUUAUCAUUUGCUAUCCGAGCAGCACUUUUGUUUCAGUUUAAGUUGCUGAGUAAGAAAACAAAACUGUUAGCACAAAAGAUUAAACUGCGAAAGCCAACAUUAACAAUCUUUUUCCAACUACUUGAAUCCCAUAUCAAUGAAUAUACAUCCCAAUUUCUGGCAAAAAAUUAUACAGUACGUAACUUCAGUUACUCGGUUGAGAUGUUCCGUCCUCGCCGCGUUGUCUAACUAAUAAAGUGGCUAACUUAACACCAAUAUUUGAAAUAAUUCGAUCAUUUUCGGUAAUUACCUGUAAUCUCUUCGGUAAAGAGCAAUCUGAUAGAAAUUGCUAUUUGUGAAAUUAUUUUUUAUAUUAUGCAAAAUAAUUUUGCAUUGGCAACAAUAAACAGAAAAUGCUCGAAUAUUGACUAUGCAUAUCAAAAAAGAUCGAAUUUCUCAAAUCGAGAAUGUUUGUAUGCAGCAUAUAACAGAAGAUGCAGAAAUUGCUCGAAAACUGAAAAAGUAAAUUGUAUAACUUUCCCAGCAAUAAUAUUUUUCUCGAUUAUUUAUCAUAUUGAGCAAACAAAAACAGAAAUAAUAAAUUUGAUUUAAUGUUUUGAUACACCUAACGCGCCAGGUGGCAUGGAAAUGUUCCGAUGACCACAGCAUCGCUGUCGCUGUGAAAGUUAUGUUCGAACGAGGUUUGGAAAAUACCGAAAUUAUGCAAAUCUAAUUCCAGCCAAAACGAUCAGUUUCAAUAUCCCUGUACAAAAUGCUCACCUGCUCGAAAAACACCCUGUCAAAAUUUCAGCUCAAUCAGACCUAAAAUGAGAUGUCGGAAAGCGAUUGAAGUUUGCCUCCUAGAAAUCCAAAAAUUCACCGAAGAUACAUUAAAUUUCGGUUUUCGAAAAUUUUUUGAUCCCAGAUGACACAAAAAUGCAUGAAAUAUUGAGAUAGGUCAUCAUCUGAAAAAAAUCUUCGGGUGAUUUUUCGGAUCUCUAAAGGACAAAUUUCAAUCGCCUUGCGCCAUCCCAUUCGCUUUGCGCCACUGAUUAGCAAUUUUACUACACAUGCAUUUUACUGGCUUAAAGCAAGCAAAUGUUUUUUUUUGUUUGCAAGCCGGUUUAGAAAUUUAACAUUUUUUUAUAAUUCACUUUCACUGCUUCGUGCUUUCGUGUGACUUCGUGGUUGAAAAUAAUAAACGAAUCGAUUCUACACCGUUUUUACUGUACUAUAUUUUUGAACAAUUGAAAAUUACAUGCAUAUUAAAUAUUUCUAUGACAUUGCACAAAUAUUGAGUUUUUAAGCCUACGUUCUAACUCUAAAAAACAUUUUUUCGGCAACAUCGUCUUUUUGACACGUAUACUGUCAAUGUAAAGAAACGUGAUAACGACGAAAUUCGAUAAGAAGAAGGAAAAGUUCGUCUGCAUAAAACAGCAAAUCCUUAGCAACUUCAUACUCAAAAAAAAAAAAAAUGUGAAUCGAUCAAUACGGUUCUUCUUUCAAGUGUUUCAAGGCUAAUUCUGUAUGAUUUGUUAUUGUUUGCAGCCUAAACACUUCCUCACCCAUUAGGCAAUCCACGACACAGUUGCGAUCAGCUGAUUUUAGUUUGUUUUCAACUUUUGACAGCUUCAGGUAUGUUCGAACGGUCGCAACUGGGAUCGAUCCGGAUGAAAAAACUUGAAAAACAAACAUUGUUCAAUCGGUUGUUCUAGUAUUACGAGUGGCAAUCCUUUACACAACAAUGAAAUAUCACUUAAGGUUUUUUGCGACAUCAAAAAAUUUCGUGUUCGGUUAUGAUUUGGUUUUGCAACUUAUAAACCAACAACAAUAACAAACGUAUACAAGCAGUAAAACGUCACCCGUGGAUUGCCUUAUAUUAUCCUCACUGAAAGAAAUCCACCACGAAUAGCUUAAAUAAUAAAGAUUUGUGAGGAUAAGAGUGAAACACACCAAAUUUGUGUUUCGAAGCGAUGAGGUAAAAUAUGCAUUUUUCAGUUCUUUUUUUUCCAAAAGUUGCAAUCCUAAAAGAAAUCAAUCCUAAAAUAAAUUGGAAUCAGUUAAAAAUUGAAAAAAAAUCGCCGAUGAAAAAAUGUUUGAAGUUACACCUCUAUUCGAUCAAUAAUAGACUAACUUUUAAGCAAGCGAAUGAAAUGGUUACGGAAAUUUCGAUAGUAUUUUGUUUACCUGAUUUCAGGCUGAUUUACACCGUGUGAAAUGCACUAAUGCAAGUAUGAUUUGAAAGCUCUUAAUUGAAUAUUUGACAUUAGAGUCCGGUUGGUCUUGAAGUACUAUGCUGACCCGGCUCAGGAGUGACUUUUAGUAUUAGUAGGUUCAUAGCGUUUGCCCCGCAAUUGUCCGAAAAUCUAAAUAAAAAACAUGCGACAUUAUCAUCUUUGCCAUAUGUUCUACACAGAAAAAUAAAACUAUCCAAAUAUGCGUAUUUUUGACGCAAAUCAGCCCUUUUGUGCGGGAAGGUACUUUUAGGUAAAAAGGAUUUACCUUCUAUUGAGUACAUGCACGGAAGUCAUCAUUUAGGUAAAAUUUUAUGCCUUGAAACAUCAAUAUUGAUAUCAAAAACUUCAUACAAAUUUGUACCCAAAAUUAGGUAUUCGCAUUUUAUUGAGCUGUUGCGUUGUUUCCACCAAUUUGUAUGCGUAUUAUUUACCUAAACCAGUGAAAACGUUCAGGUUUACGUAGUUUUACGUUGUUUUUACAUGUUCACCUGGUAAUAUUUUCUUUGUGUGUAGUUCUCUUAUGGGCAGGAAGCAAUUAGAGUGCCUGUAAAUAUAUAGAGUGGCGACACUGUCAAAAUUGGAAUAAAAAUUAUCUGUCAGUGUCAUUCCAAUUGAGCAAACAACCUAUUAAACACGUGUGGGGAAAAGAGAAAGGAUGUUCAGUGUUACCAGCGUUACUUUGGAUGACACGGCGCCACUCUAGUUAUAUAUAGGCACUCUAGAAGCAAUGACUCACGAAAAUUUCCACGUUAAAGUAAUCUUUUUUAGAGCUUGCCCACUUUAUAUUCAUUUAGUUGGAAAAAGAGAAUUAAUGAUGGGGUUUGAUGAUAUUAUAAUAACUAAUCAAAAUAGUUUAGCAACAAUUAUGUCAGUGUUUCAACAACUUCCCAACAUUUUUAAUUCAAGCUUACGCGUUGUUUUUUUAAUUUCUUUGCCCUUUGAUAUUAAAUACUCAAUUUAUCAGUCUAGGCACAUAUGCUGAUAGAUUAUUUGUUUAAACAUGUAUAUGUACCACAUCGGCUAUGAAAGAUAUACCAAAGCAUAGAAAAAUGAUGUUACUUACCAAAUUGAACGUACAUUUGCGAGCGUAUAGCAUGUGCCGUGUAUUGUAAGUUGAAGUUUAAACACGAGGAAAGUAAAAGUUUUGUUAUAGAAAUCCGAUUGUAAAAUAAUUGCCAAAAAUAGGUAUAAGCAUUAGAAAGCGGAAUGCAGGAUUACAUGUAAGGUCACCACAAAAUAAGUUUGAGACUAAAUAAAUAUAAUAGUUUAUUA